UAACAGUUAGCUCGAAACAAAAACUUCCUUUAAAAUGGCAAAAUCUGCAGCGGCUUUACUUUCCCUUUUCCUCACUUUAAACCUUCUCUUCUUCACGGGGGUUAGCUCCGCCGCCUUCACCAAUGAUCUGCUGCCUCCCCUAAAGGGCGAGUGCCCUAAACGCGCACUGGAAUUGGGAGUGUGUGCUGUUCUGUUGAAGGACUUGCUCCACCUUGUUGCUGGAAGCCCGGCCACCAUGCCUUGCUGCUCUCUCAUUAGCGGACUUGUCGACCUUGAAGCCGCCGCCUGCCUUUGCACCGUCCUUAAAGCCAACACCUUCGGAAUCAAGUUUGACAAUAUUCCUGUCUCCCUCAACCUGUUGAUCAAUGUCUGUGGAAAGAGUGUCCCUAUUGGAUACCAAUGCAAAUAAGCCCACUUUUAUAUCUAAUCUUAUAUAUCUUAUACAUAUUAAGUGCAAAUAAGUCUACUUUGAGACAAAGAGUGCCAUUUUCCUCUAUAUUUAUAUGUUUUCUCUAAAAUCAUAUACGUCUUGUUAGUUUUCAGAUUCCUAGCUCUCAUGGCUAGGUUUUCUGGAGAUAUUAUUACAACAUGUUAUUGUAUUAAGUUUAUGUUCCUUACUGUCAUUGAUUUGGCGAGUGGCUUAUCAAUGAAGAAAUACUACUAUAAGUAUUUGCAAUAAAAUAACAUUUUAUAAAUGUUUACUA